AUGAUUGAGACUUAGAAGCUAGUGCAUCGCAAAUUAUCCAUUUUGGGAUAUCCUUAGAAUGAGUUCUUUGCUCUGGAUAGUUUGAAGCUGAAGAUCACAAAAAAGAACUUCACUUGCUAAUUACAUCCAGGAAUAUCAAUAGACAUACCAAAAUAUAUUUAAAAGUUCUAUCGCAAGCGCUUCUUUCUCUUUAAAAAAUUCAAUGAGGGCAUAUAAUUAGAUGAGGAAUCUUGGUAUUCUGUGAUACCAGAGGAGAUGAGCAUCCAUAUUGCAAAUAAAUUAAAAACCAGUUCUCCAGGUUCUGAUGUGAUAGAUGGGUUUUGUGGUUCUGGUGUUAUUUGUAUAGAUAUUGAUCCCAUAAAGAUCAAUAACAUUACAAAUAAUUUGUAAGUGUAUGAGUCCAUAGCAACUGUUAUUUAAAUGAAUUUUCUUGAGUACACUCAUACCAAUUAAGAUUUCAUUCUCAUAAUGUGUCCACCUUGGGGUGGUUUGAACUAUUCACAUCAACCAUAUGAUCUUAAUAGCAUGAAACCGUCUCUAGAAGAUCUAUUGACAAAAGGACUGCAGAUGACCAAUAAAAUAGUUCUUUAAUUACCAAAAAACAUUGAUAUAUAAUAACUGGUCAGUAUCUUCAAGGAUGUCACUGACAAACUUAGAUUAGAACUCAAACCUAUAGAAGUUGAGAUGAUGCUCAUCAAUGAGCAAAUUAAUUAAUUAAUUAUUUACUAUGGGUUAUGA